AUUUCAAUGUCUCGUUGCAUGCGGUCGUGUGAAGUUUGGGGACGGUGCUCUGAUUGGUCGGGGAUGAGGGGGCUUCCUUAUUAGGACAUCGAACACAGAGCGCUCCCCAAGGAAGCCACUGGGCCGAUUUGUCGAAUUUUUGGGUUCAGCCUGGACAGAGUGAGGCCACCAGUCCUCUUAAAUACCCCAAGCCUCGUCUCUUCUUCCUUCAUCUCCCGUCCUCUCUUCCGUUUCUUUUCCUUACACUCAUCUCCCUCCCUUCAAAAUGUCCGCAAAGCCUAUUAGGGAGUACGAUGCUAAGCUUUUGCUGGCCUACUGGCUCGAGCGGGCACCCGCAGUCGACCAGAAUGCCCAGAUCAAGACUAACCUCGCCUACCCUGCUCCUAAAGUCGCUCAGAUCCAAUGGGAUCCCGAGACCAACGCCAUCACCCCCGACUCUAAGCUCCCGGGUUGGGUCUUCAACUCUAAACUUGUAGCCAAGCCCGAUCAGUUGAUCAAGCGUCGCGGUAAGGCUGGUUUGCUUGCUCUCAAUAAGACCUGGGACGAGGCAAAGGACUGGAUCAUUCAGCGAGCUGGAAAGCCUCAGAAGUGCAUAUAUUCACUCUUAAAGCGCGUCAUCCUCGUGGUACGGAGCGCGUCUGUACGCGUCGAGUCCGUAACCGGAACUCUGAACACUUUCAUCGUUGAGCCCUUCCUCCCUCACCCCUCCAACACCGAAUACUACGUCUGCAUCACCUCCGCCCGUGAGGGUGACUCCAUUCUCUUCACCCAUGAAGGUGGUGUUGACAUUGGUGAUGUCGAUACCAAGGCACUCACCCUUAACAUCCCCGUCGGCGAGCCUUUCCCCUCGCGCGAGACAAUUGCAUCCACUCUCCUCAUCCAUGUUCCCGCCGCCAAGAAGGACACUCUUGUCGACUUCCUCAUACGCCUGUACUCUGUCUACGUCGACCUCCACUUUGCUUACCUCGAAAUCAACCCGCUAAUUGUUCUUGAUGGUGUCAAUGGUGGCGAGCCAUCCAUUUACUAUCUUGACAUGGCCGCCAAGCUUGACCAAACUGCUGAGUCAAUAUGCGGACCAAAGUGGGCCAUUGCUCGUGACUUGUCCGUCUAUGAUGCUGGAUCGCAAGCGACCACGAGCAAGGGCAACGCUGUUUCUGCUGAUCGUGGACCUCCGAUGGUCUGGCCUGCACCUUUUGGACGUGAUUUGACCAAGGAGGAAGCAUACAUCCAGAAGCUUGAUGCAUCCACUGGUGCCUCACUCAAGCUUACCGUCCUCAAUGCCGAGGGUCGCAUCUGGACCAUGGUUGCUGGUGGUGGUGCUUCCGUCGUUUAUUCCGAUGCUAUCGCUGCACACGGAUUCGCUCAUGAGCUCGCUAACUAUGGUGAAUACUCUGGAGCCCCGACUGAGGGACAGACUUACGAAUAUGCAAAGACUAUCGUCGACCUCAUGACCCGCGGCACUCCUCGUCCGGAUGGCAAGAUCCUCAUCAUUGGUGGUGGUAUUGCCAACUUCACCAACGUCGCGGCUACCUUCAAAGGUAUUAUCCGUGCCUUGAAGGAGUACAAGGCUCCUCUUAUUGCUCACAACGUCCGCAUCUAUGUCCGUCGUGGAGGUCCUAAUUACCAGGAGGGUCUCAAGGCGAUGCGUCUCUUGGGCGAGUCAUUGGGAGUCCCUAUCAAGGUUUAUGGUCCCGACACUCAUAUCACCGAGAUCGUCCCUCUUGCUCUUGGUAUCAAAUCUACUCACAAGAACGCUAUCCACUCCAUUCCUCCCACGCCCGCCGUUCCCGGAUCGCCCAAGGUGUCUGCCACUGUCCCCGGGGAAGCUGAUGCUGUCGUAGGCGCCAUUCACCGCGACGGUGAGCGUACCCAGGCGAACGACCAGAUCGUACAUUUUGACACCGUGGAGAAAUCUUCAACGCGCCCGUGGUUCCGUCCUUUCGACGCCUCCACGCGCUCUUUCGUCUAUGGUCUGCAACCCCGUGCUAUUCAGGGUAUGCUCGACUUCGACUACUCCUGCGGCCGUGAUACUCCCUCUGUCGCUGCCAUGAUCUACCCCUUUGGUGGUCAUCACAUUCAGAAGUUCUAUUGGGGAACCAAGGAAACUCUCCUUCCUGUGUACACCAGCGUCGAGGAGGCUGCCAAGAAGCACCCUGAGGUCGAUGUCGUUGUGAACUUUGCCAGCUCUCGUAGUGUGUACUCAUCAACCUUGGAUAUCUUGAGGUUCCCCCAGAUUCGAAGCAUUGCCAUUAUCGCUGAGGGUGUUCCUGAGAGACAUGCACGUGAGAUCUUGCACUUGGCGAAGAAGAAGAAUGUCUUGAUCAUUGGUCCCGCUACCGUUGGCGGUAUCAAGCCUGGCUGUUUCCGUAUUGGCAACUCUGGAGGUAUGAUGGACAACAUUAUCGCUUCCAAGCUCUACCGUCCAGGAUCCGUCGGCUACGUCUCCAAGUCCGGUGGUAUGUCCAACGAGCUGAACAACAUCCUCUCGCUCGUAACCAAUGGUACCUAUGAGGGUAUCGCCAUCGGUGGUGAUCGCUACCCCGGCUCUACCUUCAUUGACCACUUACUGCGUUAUGAGGCUGAUCCCGACUGCAAGAUGCUCGUCCUGCUUGGUGAGGUUGGCGGUAUUGAGGAGUAUCGCGUCGUUGAAGCUGUCAAGAAGGGUAUUAUCAAGAAGCCUGUCGUUGCUUGGGCUAUCGGCACCUGCGCCAAGAUGUUCACGACUGAGGUUCAAUUCGGUCACGCUGGCUCCAUGGCUAACUCGGACAUGGAGACCGCUGACGCGAAGAACGCUGCUAUGCGUGCUGCUGGCUUCAUUGUCCCUGACACUUUCGAAGACCUUCCUCAAGUUCUCAAAGAGACUUACGAGCGAUUGCUUUCAACUGGUGCGAUUGUUCCCAAGCCUGAGCGCGAGCCUCCGGUUAUCCCUAUGGAUUACAAAUGGGCGCAAGAGCUUGGUCUCAUCCGAAAGCCUGCUGCAUUCAUCUCGACUAUCUCCGACGAGCGGGGACAGGAGCUCUUGUAUGCCGGUAUGCGUAUCACUGACGUCUUCAAGGAGGAUAUCGGUUUGGGAGGCGUCGUCAGUUUGCUCUGGUUCAAGAGGCGACUUCCUCCUUGGGCGACCAAGUUUAUCGAAAUGGUCCUCAUGCUUACUGCUGACCACGGUCCUGCCGUCUCUGGUGCGAUGAAUACUAUCGUUGCAACCCGUGCUGGCAAGGACCUCAUCUCAUCGCUCGCUUCUGGUCUGCUUACCAUUGGUAGCCGAUUCGGUGGUGCACUCGAUGAAGCGGCCUCGAUGUUCUCGAAUGCUCGUGAUACCGGUUUGACUCCUCGCGAGUUCGUCGACAACUGCCGAAAGGCUAACAAGCUCAUUUCUGGCAUUGGCCACAAGAUCAAGAGCGUCAACAACCCUGAUUUGCGUGUGGAGCUCGUGAAGGAAUACGUACGCAAGAACUUCCCUAGCCACAGUCUCCUCGACUAUGCCCUUGCUGUCGAGAAGGUGACGACUUCCAAGAAGGACACUCUGAUCCUGAACGUCGACGGGUGUAUCGCCGUUUGCUUCGUCGAUCUCCUUCGAGACAGUGGUGCCUUCACACCAGAAGAGGCUGACGAGUACAUCAAGAUUGGUACCCUGAACGGUCUUUUCGUCCUUGGCCGAUCCAUCGGUUUCAUUGGGCAUCACCUUGACCAGAAGCGUCUGCGCGCACCUCUCUACCGCCAUCCUGCGGACGAUAUCUUCAUCAACAUGGCGGACAUCUCUCAGCCAAGGGUGCUGGGCAAGAUGCAGUAAGAGCGGGGCGUACAUUCAUGGACGGUGCUUAGUUGUACAAUGACUGGAGACUGUAAAUAGACGAUUAUAAUGACACCAUAGACUGCUUUGCUUUUGCCAUCCCUGCUAUUUCUUGGCAGCGUGCAUUCCAGGAACGUUGUUCGGUUCGCGCCAAGUUCGCAGUUUGAGCGGGU